UUGCGUGCAGGCGUAGAGCUAGCCACAUAAUGACAUGAGCGAAGUCGCUAGUGAAAGCCAGGGUCUGCAGACGAGCGACAAGCCACUUAGCCAGUGGACUGACGAUGAACUAAUUACGAUUUUGGUCGCACUGGGUAGCCCGGCCUUCCCCGUCACUCCCAGCACGCGGCCGUUUCUGGAGAAAAGAGUCGGGAAACUGCUCAAGAAACACCAGCAGCAGGAGCAAGCCUCAGUGAUUCAUAAGGAUGCAGAUGUCUCAGGAGCUGGUAGCCAAACAGAGGAGGCUAAUGAGGAUCCACUGGCGGUAGCAGGGAGCCGGGGAGUGGAAUCUACUCCACAAGACGGAGAGUUUUACUGCGUCGUGGUCGGCGGUGAAGGGACACCGGUCCAGUCCUCCCUCUCUCCCUACUACACCAACAAGUCUGAGGUCCUCAGAGCUGUGAGGAGUGUCCCGGGAGCUCGCUUCAAGAAGUUCAGCACGCGUGCCAGUGCGGAGGCCUUUUGUAGCAGCCCUGUAGACAGCAGUAGCAGGCAAACCACCCCAGGACCAAGUCUAGAAGGAAGGAGCCCAGCCACGGAACCGUCCAAUGUUGAGAAAAAACCGAACCUCUUUCCAUCACUCAAAACUGCAGAGCUGACUAAUUUCAGGAGGCUCAUUGAGGCUGGGGAUGUGACUGGGUUCACCCGCGAAGUGUGGACCAACCCUCGUUACUUGGUCAACUGUUACGGAGAUGCCCCGGAGAUUCUGCAAGUCGGAUUUCGCUACAAUGCCCUCCACUGCGCAGUGAAGGCUGGGAGGUUGGAGAUAUGCCAGGAGCUAUUGUCCAUUCUUGGUAAUGAGGAGUUCUGGAAGCUGCUCUACCCCAAUGAUUCCCCAGAGACUGUCCACCGGAGGAGGGCCCAUUUGGUGGACCUCUACCUCAACAUGCAGGACAAGAUGGCAGGAGAGACUGCACUCCACUUUGCCAGUAAACUGGGUCACCUAGAGAUUGUGAAACUCCUCCUCGCCCAGCCUUCCCUUGACCCUUCCAUCACCAACAAGUAUGAUGAGAGAGCUACAGAUAUUGCUUGUCAGAAUGCCAGGUCAUCUUCUGAUGAGGUGAAAGAAAAGGUGAAAGAACUCAUACAUGCUCCUCCCACAUACUACGUCCCAGUCCUGAGAGCUGCAGACAACUGCACACCACCCCAGCUGACUCCUCCCUGCACCAUCUCAGACUACCACCGCCACCGGGCUUCUCUCUCUGAUGACAGGGGCACCCCCGUGAUUGGCCAGGCCUUUGCUGGCCCAAUGUCCCCUGCACAGGUAGAGCAGUUGGCGGAGGAGUGUGAGGUGGGCUGGAGGGAGUACUGGGAGUUCCUGGGCUGCUACUGUGACCUCCACAAGACUGACGGACUCCAGAAGCUGGAGAUGUACCUUGUCUCCCUCUCCACCCCUCCUCCCUCUCCCUCUCUCCCCCCCUCUUCGUCCCCUCCUCUUUCUCCCCCUCCUCCUUCUCUUCCUUCUCCUCCUCCCUCUUCCCCUCUGACCACAGGCACAGGCAUGACUGAGAGUGUGAAUGUGUCCAGAGAACUAUUCCCAAGUGAUGGAAACUGUCAGGAAGAGAUGGGGGGAGGAGGGGAGGGGGUGAGGGAGGGAGGGGGUGGAAGGGAGGAUUGUGGGGGGUGUGAGGAGGGAGGGAAGGAGAGGAUGGGAAAUAUUGAGAGUGACGUGGAGUCUGUUUUGGAGGGUGUGGCUCGCCUGAGUGUUGUUGGUGGAGGGAGGGAGGAGGGAGGGGGAGGUUGUGGGUUGGAUGGUGAUAAGAUGGAAGAGGUGGAAAGUGGUGAUAGGGUGGAGAAGGGGGAGGUUGGUGAAAAGGAGAUUGGAGAUAAAGUGGAAGAGGGGAGGGUUGUUAGGGUGGAGGAAGGGGAGGAUGCUGAUAGGAUGGAAGAGGGGGAGGUUGGUAAAAAGAUGGAGGAGCAUGGUAAAAGAGGAGGUGAAAGGAGCAAUUCACCCUAUUCUGUGCCAGAGCAAGAGCCACAUAUGACACCCACCACCACUCAUAGAAAGAAGACAACGUUCCUCCUUGGGAGUGAGGCGACAAAGUUGGACCAUGACGUGUACCUGGCGGUGAGAGGUGCUCCGUGUCUGUCUUCCUAUCCUCACGUGGUGGACUGGGUCCACAGAAUAAAGGGCUUCUCAGAACACACACAGAAUAGCUGGAGGACCCCGAGGUCAGUUCUGAGGCCAUCGUCUCUGUCAGGCUCUGGUGGGAACCAACACGGCAGUCCUCUCCUGGUCACCAGUCCCCCACGCUCCCCCCUCCCCCGUCCUCCCAUCCUCCCCUCCCAACACUCUUCCCCUCACCGUCUCCACACCAGCACCCUCUCCCCGCGACGUCACUUCUCCCCACUCCACCACAGUCUCAAUGCCAGCAGCAGUGCCACGCCCUCAAGACUCCGUAGAUCAGUCACCCCCAGACCAAGACAGGAGGCAGAAACCUGA